AUGUCUACCCUUAUCCAGCGGCCGAUCGAGCCAAACUAUCCCAUUCCGGAUACUGGCCCAAGUCAACCACCGCCAGUCUACGAUCCAACGCUUUCUAGCUUUGGUCCAGACCCUCUGGGCCCCUGGGGCCCGUUACCUGGCCCAACGCCGGGUCCGCAGCCAGAUGGCCCGGAUUUUGGGCCAUUGCCUCCAGUCUACACUUAG